CAACAGCUAAGUUGCAGUAAUAGACCUAUAGUUCUGCGUUUUUGGUCCGCCAUCUUUGAAACUUUCAGGCAAGUAUUGAAAGAAAAAUGUGGACUGCUGAAAGCCGUCAGCAGCACCUCCAGCACCUCGACACAAUAGCUCUGAACAUGGCCGUCUAACGCACCGUACAUUGUUUCGUUUCGUUCUCGUCGUCCUACCUGACUUAUAAAUACCACCCACCCGCCAGGGAAGUAGUCUCUCGUCCUAUCCAAACCACCAUCCACCCAGCGAGGCAUUUAUUCCGCGCGACCCUCCUCUACCUCCAAGGAAAGAUCGCCAUGCCUCACACAAGUCGCAGCAACAAGAAGAAGAAUGCCCCGAUUCAGAAGAGAAAAGAAGUCCUGGACGAAGACGGCUGGACGAGGAUCACUUCUUCGCCGUCGCCGUCGUCGCCGCACCCGCACACCGCACCUCGUCGAACAAUAACAACUGCUUCACCGCAAUCAGAAUUGACUACAUCUGCAGCUGCAGCCGACGGACCACGAAUCGUCUUCACUUGGGGCAUUCAUGACGACGAAGACGAAACCCGGCUCGUGACUAAGAAGAUAUAUGGCUCUCCUUCGCGACCGAUGAGUCCGGCCAAAGGAACGACACCAGAAAAGAUGGAGGCGCAGUACAAGAAGAUCGCGGCCAGGUUCGUCGAGACAGACUACCACGCGGCUCUGAGGGAUGUUUUGGCGAGAAUAAUAGUGGCGAAAACAGCGAAACCCUCUUCGAGCGUGGCGGCAGGACUGGCCGAGAAUAGGAUUGAAACGUGUGUCCUUUUCGGCUCGGGCAGUCUCUGCGGCGAUGGGAUCCAUUGGAUCGACCGACACGAGACGGCGUAUUACCAGGUCGCCGCUUUCAAGAUGGCCGUGGACAUCAUCACUGAGUCUCAAGGGGGUCAUCGUCCACAGUGCUACGCUCAAGAGCCGGACUACAACUGGGCUGACACGGCCAUGUUGGAAACGCUGGGCAUCAAGGUCGUCACGCAUCCCGAAGGGUUUGAAGCGCUGCACCCGGAAAUGGCAAAGGCAAAUGGAAAAGGAAACGCAAACAAAAGCUCAACAUUCGCCUAUUCUCCCGCCGCCGAGCUCGAGGUCGAGUAUCAGAUCAUGUAUUACGAUCCGCACAUAUGGCUGCACCGAUCCCUGGACCAUCUCCUCCGAGAAAGCAGACUACUCUCGGUGGGGAGUGGAAACUUUACAAAGGACGAGGCCGAGAUCAACAUGUGCAUGACGGAGAAGUUCAAACAGCAUCGCAACUACACGAAAUUGCCAGACGUAGAUCUGAAAAACUUCCCUUUCCACGGGUCUGUGCUUUGGUGGCGCAAGGAGGUCGAUGUCGAGCAAGAGGAAUCUGAACCCGAACCCGAACCUGAAUCUGAACCUGAGCCUUGAUGGGAUGGACUGGGACCCCUUUUUAUCUUUCCCAAAAAGGACAAAAAAAGAUGAUGGCAGUCUUAUCUUGUCUUGUCUUGACUGGACUAUUUUACAUCCUCACUUCUGACGACCGUUCCAAAAGCAUCACCCAGCUCUUUGAGCACGGCACUAGUCACCUCGUCGCCCGAGAAGCCGGGAAUGUCACGAUCGCCAAUCGCAUCACCGGCCAGGACGAUGUUAUACCCUAAAUCGGCACCCGCGCGGGCGGUGGUGCUGACGCAGACGUGCGCCAUGUAUCCCGUCAACACGGCCUUUUUGCCCCGCUCGCCCAGACUGGACAGGUAUUCGUGCAGGUCGGUGCCGGCGAAGGAAGAGACCAGUUCUUUCUGGAUCACCUUUUCGCCAGCGCGAGGGGUGAGUUCGGUGAAUUCCUCGGCCAGUGCGGUCGAGGGGGUAAACACGGGUGCUCCUGUUGAGUUGUGGUUAGAGGUGUGAGGUAGAAAGCCUGUGCGUGUGUUUAGGGAUGCCCCGAGGCAGGGAGACUGUGAAUGUGCUGGGGUGGGAUGUUGUCGUUAUGUUAUUGUAGCAUGUUCUUGACGGUCUGGUUAUGAGGGAUGUCGUUCCGUUUCAUCUGUCUGUAACCCGUGGCGGCGAGUGCUGGAAGGAAACAGAGCGGAGCGGACGGAAGAGAAGAAGAAGACGACAAGGGCGACAAAAGGGAGGGAGGGAAGGCAUCCAAAUGAGGUGAGAUGAGGUGAAGUAAGCCAGGAGGUAAGACGGGACGCAAGACUAGACAUACCUUCAGGAGUCUUAUGCACGACAUGUACAAUGUUCUUCCCGUCGCCAGCGCUGCGGUACUUUUCCAGCAACGACGCGAUGGCCUUGCGGGUGGAUUCGACGUUGACGGUCUUGAGGUGGCCCUCGGCGUAUCUAUUUCAUUGUCAUGACCAGUCAGAUGGAGAGGUUCGUGGAGGUGGUGGUGCCGUGACCACGGCGGGCUGGGCAGGCCAAGGUGGAAGUAGAGGUGGACGUGGAGGAGAAGAACAAGAACAAGGAGACGAUAGGGGCCUAUAUCUACUCACUCAUUCUGGGCGUCGAUGAUGAUCAAUGUGCUAUCCGUGGGCGAGGCCGUGAGCGUUGGUGCGCCCAGCAUUUCGCGGAAGGACUUGACUUGAGUUGCCGAUGACAUGUUGAUGUUGAUAUUUGAACUGGGAGUUCUUCAAAAGCCUGGAUAUUGGUGGUUGGAGGAAUAAUAAAUAUGAACGGUAGAAUGUGGAAGUACUCUCUCUGCUACUAACACAGUAAAGGUCCCGAGAUGCGAGGUGAAAAAUACUAUGUCGGGAUACUUUGUGGGGCGUUGUUCUAGGUACUCGUACAACAACGAGGAGU